UUCUCCCUCCUAAAUUAGAUAAAGUUCCCCCAAAAUAUCUGUACUUUUUACUCGGACCAACAAAAUCCACUCUCGCUGGGAGAAAAACCUCUCUAAAGCCCUCUCUCUCUCUCUCUCUCUCUCUCUCUCUCUCUCUCUCUCUCUCUGUGUCUCUCUUGUUCUCUUCUCUCCUUGGUUUGCUAUCUUAUGAGCUACUCUCUCAACUCAAAUCCACAAUAAAUAUGCAAAUCUUUCUGACAAUUUCACCCUGCAAAGCCCCUCUAAUUCUCCCAUUCCACCCACCCAUUUCAAAGACGCCAAAAACCCAGAGAACUUCACUGAAAACUCUUUCCAAACCUGUAAAUUCUCUUAAAGGGUCGCCUCUUUUACCGGCAUUCGGCCGAGCAAUCGAGGAUGACGAGUACCGGCUAGCCCGUUCACAGGUUCUCCGGAAAGGUGUGGACUUGGAAGGCUAUUCCAUUGAGGGUCUUUCAAUUGGUGGCCAUGAGACUUGCAUUAUCAUCCCAGAGUUCAAGUGCGCUUUCGACAUCGGCAGGUGCCCCUCCAGGGCCAUUCAUCAGAACUUCGUUUUCAUCACUCAUGCUCAUCUUGAUCAUAUUGGUGGGCUGCCAAUGUAUGUAGCCAGCCGUGGUUUGUACAACUUAAAACCUCCAACAGUAUUUGUGCCUCCUUGUAUCAAAGAGGAUGUGGAGAAGCUAAUAGACAUUCACCAGACCAUGGGCCACGUGGAAUUGAACCUUGAUUUGGUUGCAUUGGAUGUGGGUGAGACAUAUGAAAUGCGGAAUAACCUUGUUGUCCGGCCAUUUAGGACUGACCAUGCUAUACCCAGCCAGGGUUAUGUUAUUUACUCGGUUAGAAAAAAGCUGAAGAAACAGUACAUGCAUCUAAAAGGGAAACAGAUUGAGAAAUUGAAGAAGUCUGGUGUGGAGAUUACAGAUGUUAUAUUGUCACCAGAGGUGGCCUUCACAGGGGAUACAACAUCAGACUAUAUGCUGGAUCCACGCAAUGCUGAUGCCUUGAGGGCAAAGGUUCUUAUAACUGAGGCAACUUUUCUGGAUGAAGGGUGCAGCAUUGAGCAUGCACGACAACAUGGUCAUACUCAUAUAGACGAGAUCAUUGAAAACGCCCAAUGGAUUAGAAAUAAGUCAGUUCUGUUGACCCAUUUCUCCUCCCGCUACCAUUUAGAGAAAUUAGUCAAUGAACGGUUCUCCUUCGAUUGCAGGACAUUCGUCAAGCUGUAUCAAAGUUGCAGUCUAAGCUCUCGGCAAAAGUGGUGCCUCUUACAGAGGGUUUCAAAUCUAUGCACGCUUAGAUUCAUAAAGUUUUGGGCUCAUUUUGUCCAGCAUUAGCAUAUGUAAUAUGUAUAUAGAGAGAGAGAGAGGGAGAGAGAGAGAGAGAGAUGUAAUCAAUUUUCAGUAGAUCAAUUGUAGGCUGUUUGAGUUAGCAUUGGUAGGCUGUGGUGGUGGUGGAAUAUAACAAUGAUAUUAUCAAUACAACAUGGAUUAACGUAAUUC